AUGGAUGCUGGCAUCUACGAGGCGCCUCCUGUUGCUAAUCAGGUCAACACCAUUGUCCUAGCCUUCACCGUUGUGGCUGGAUUAAUUGUCUCUUUACGUCUAUUCGCCCGGAUCUUCCUGACAUCACUGUUUGGGCCCGAAGAUGUUCUCAUCGUCCUUGCUAUGGCAUUCUGGGUGGGCCUUUGGGUGCACAGCUUAGCGCUCACGAUCACGAAGGUCUCAGCUCUGACGCAGUAUCUGCGUAUCUUUCCGAUACAUCGCUUUCGUAUAAGCUGCUACUGCCUGCUCGGUCUCGUUGUUGCUCUUGGUGCCUGGGCUGUCGCGAGUAACAUCUUCAUUUGUAAUGCGAUUGACUCUGCAUGGAUCGACCGAUUCAAGCGAGACGACUGCAUGGACCGCAAAUUGAUAUGGUUUACAAAUUCGGGUAUCAGCAUUGCUCUGGAUCUUAUCAUUCUUCUGUUACCAGUACCCCUCAUACGAACACUUCAGAUUCCAGCAAGUCAGAAGAGGGGGUUCGUGACAAUCAUUGCGCUCAGCAUCUGUGCACCCAUCAUCUCGAUCAUUCGACUCCACACCAUCUCUCGAAUUGCCAAGAGCACCGACCUCCCGUUCGACAACAUAGGUCAUGCAAUACUAUCCUCCCUCGAGGUGAAUGCUGUCAUUAUAUGCGCCUGUCUACCAGCAAUGCGACCGCUGCUCGCCCUCAUGAUGCCCAAAUACUUCUCCAAAGCAGCACAGUUCACAAACGUGCCCACCGGAUACGACAUAGAGCAGCCGAAGCACAUGCGAACACCAUCUCGCAAUAUGGUAGUCAAGUCCAUUCAAUCAAAAACCAUUGAAUCAGGGACAAGCACGCCUCGAGCCCCUCAACCUACCCUAUCGCGCACUUCAAGCGGCCGCUUCACAGUCACACACAGUCGCCCGAGUACAGCCCACCAGACACCUACCUCAGGUCGAUCCACCCCAGGUCGCUCAACUCCAGGCCGGAACACCCCAGUGCGAGGCUCCCCAGGCCGCGCCACCCCAGGCCGAGCAACCCCCCUCGGCCACUCACGCUCCGGCAGCAACAUCUCCAUCGACAUCGCCGCCGCAGACGCGCGCUCCAACGGCCUGCGCCCUCCGCGACGCACGAACCCGCUUCGCCUGUCACCCAUCACGCCUGGCGGGUCUGACAUCUCGCUUCCAGAGAGCAUGUACAAUGCAGGCAUAUCUAAUGAUUCCCAUGCGGAUUUGAUUCAUGUUUGGGGGCCCGAGAGGAAGGUAGCUUCGAAGCCGCUGCCGUUGACGCCGUUUCCGGUUAGGGCGCAUCGGGGCUGA